CGUCUCUUUUUCUCCUUCGUUUCGUUUCGUCACGCUCUUUCCCAAGUCCGAUCCUCUCGCCAUUGCCAGCAAAAUUUCUUUCCCGGUUAAGAAUUUUUCUAUUUCGAUUUCAUCGUUCGGCUACACCAUCGAUCUUCACACUUAUUUUUUAGGUAUGUUCUUGUUGAUCUUGUUUUUCGGACUUUGUAAUGUGGUACCAGUUUUAGAUAAUUAGUUCUUGAUAAUUACGCUCAAAUUCCGUUGCUUGGCACUGAUUUAUUCUGCGUUCGGUACUGAUGAUCGUUCUUCAUUCUCAUUCCGAUGAUUCUGUGGAGUUCACUGAUCUAAGUUUGAUUUUGGCAUACCAGUUGUUCGAUUAAAUGCCUGAAAGAGAAAACAUUCAAUUCGUAAAUUUCAUAUUUUGUCUUUGUUUUGGUUUAUGAUAUUUUUAUCUAAUCUUAAGGCUUAACUUUCAAAUACGUCUUGUAUACGUGUUGCACAGAAGAGUUAUACCUUGAGUUUUUGUUUGUGUAGUCUUUUGUUAGUAGUCUCUAAUUUUACGAGUCUGUAACCAUCUUUAGGCUUAUAACAGGGUUUUUGAAACUGAUUGAAGGUUUUUAUUUAUCCAGGAGGAAGCUAUGAAAGUCAAGAUCUUGCGUAUCCUUUUGUUGCUUCAUCUCUUCUUAGCUUUUUUGGGGGAAAGUUUAUAUUAGGUUAAGUGAUAAAUCAUCCCAGGACUUUUGAUGGUGAUCAUCUGAUAUGAUAAUAAACAUCUUAAGUCUGUUUAUCGUGUAUUAGCUUUACCGAGUUAGAUUCCCAGCUUGAUGAUUCAUAAUAACUUUUUGCAUCUUCCAUUGGUUUAUUUAAUAGACUAGGUUUGUUCAAAAUGCCUGCAUUUCGCUUUGUUGCACAAGUAAAAGAAGAAAAACGAAAUUGUUGCUCUUGACUUUCUAUGCUACUUCUGUCCUGCAUACCCAAAAAAAAAACAGAAUGGCAUGCAGUUGCUUCAUGGACAUGGGAUGCUCAAGACGAAACAUGUGGGAUAUGUCGGAUGGCUUUUGAUGGUUGUUGUCCUGAUUGCAAACUUCCUGGAGAUGAUUGCCCUCUAAUUUGGGGAGCCUGCAACCACGCGUUUCAUCUUCACUGUAUAUUGAAAUGGGUGAAUUCGCAGACGAGCCAAGCUCAUUGCCCAAUGUGCAGAAGAGAAUGGCAGUUCAAAGAGUAAGCAAGUUAUGAGGAGGAUUAGUCUGCAGCUCUCGUCAUAGGGGAUGUUUUGGAAUGAUCUCGUGUAGUUGUAUUUGGACCGUUAGUGUUGAGUAUGAUCAUCUGCUGAAACGCAAGAUAGAGCUUUAGUAAUGUUUUUGAAGCUUGUCCUUGGUUUGAUUGCUUGGACAAAGUAGAGAUCAAGCAACUUUUUGUGAGCUUCAUCAUCUAUAUGGUCUUUGUUUGUAGUUAAUACUUUUUUUUUUUUUUUUG